AUGGAAGAUCCCUCAAUUGCAAAGUUUGCUGACUAUGUGACCGAACAGUGGGUGGAAGGAGAAGAUAUACAUAUGCGGAACCAUUUUCACACUGUAGGUCCGCGAACCACGAAUCAUGUUGAGGGGUGGCAUGCCAGAAUGAACAAGAUGACCACCAACCAUCCUAGCAUCUUCAGAUUCACCACCCUGAUAAAAGCUAAGCAAGCAAUGACCGAAGUGACCAUCAGUCAGCUCCAGCCUGGUGAGACCAAUGAAGAUUAUCAACUGGUUCGAAUUCUUCUUCGUAGGGUGGUUACGGAUGGACAGGAAUGUGUAGAAACUUGUAUUAACUCUACUAAUUGUAAUUCAGUGGGAAUUUCUGUUAUUAAUGGUGUAAUCGAGUGUUAUUUGUAUCCUGUUAAAGUUUAUUCUGGUAUGGACACAGCGUCAAAUGGUAUAGUAUAUGAUAUCAUGAUAUAUUAUAUACCAAUGAAACCCACUGAAGAAAUUCCACCAGACUACCAGUGUGUUUACAAUGAAAGUUUCUGUUAUAAAUUCUACUUUUCUAUAACUAAGUCUUGGCUAGAAAGUGAAUCUAUUUGUGAAGAAGAUGGCGGUUCAUUAUAUUUAGCUAACUCUCAAUUCAAAUUAAAUCUAAUACGCCAAAAUCUUGUCAAUCAUUUCGGUGUUGUAGCACAUGUGUUUGCCCAUCUUGGAGCCACAGAUAUAAAUAACGAGGGGAUUUGGAACUGGUUCAAUGGGGAUCCUGUUAAUUACACCUUCUUUUUACCUCAACGUCCCGAUAAUCAUAACCAGAAUCAACAUUGUAUGAGUUACAGAAUACAUAAUGCUAGCACUUGUGGUUUAGAUGAUAAAACCUGUAAUGUUAAAGAAAUCGACACAUUAUUUUCAAAUAGUCCAAAAUUAAUCAGUUAUACGUGGUAA